AUGGAAGAAGAACAGAAAAAACCUAUUGAUAAUGCAUCAAAUGCUUCAUCAAGCUCAAUAGAACAACCUAGGUCAACAAUUGUACCUGAUGAUUCACCAUCAUCACCAAACAUACAAAAAGUCGAAGCGAACACCAAUACCGACACGGAACUAUCUAGUUCGCCAAAAAAACAAAAGAAAGAUGAAUAUAUUCAUCCCACUUCCACACUAUCACAUGAUACUGUUGAAUCUAAACCAGAAGUAAAAACUAAUGAUAACAAUCAAUCAAAAUCUAAAUCACCAAAUAUUCCAAUACAUACACAUUAUCAAGAUGUUUCAUUUAAUGAAAAAAAUGCUAUUUACUGUAGUUUUUCUACAAAUAAUAAAAAACCUACUGAAUCUAUCGUAACAUCAAAUAAAAGAUCUGAAUCAACACCACCAAAUCCAAUUCAAAAGCUUCUUAAUCAAGCUUCAACUGUUACAACUGAUCAAGAGUCUGAUGAAGAUGAACAAGAAAAGAAAGUAGCUGCUGCUAAAAAAUUACUUUUUCCAGAUGCACUUGCAACAUCAUUUUCUGAAAUAGCUGAUACAUUACGAAAUGAACGACGACAAGAAUUUUGUCCUAUUUAUCAAGAUGAAACACCAGAACAAAUAGCUGUACGUCAAGAAAAACAAAAACCUAUUGGUAGUCUUCUCGCUAAACGUAUACGUUGGGAUGAUUUAAAACGUAAACGAGAAGAAGAAGAAAAAAAAGCACAAAUGCAAUUUCGAUAUGGUCCAUAUGGUCCGAUAUAUGGAAAUCAACAAUCCAAACAAUCAUUUGCAAAUCCAUAUGAGCAAUAUUAUGCAACGGUGCAAAAUCAAUAUGAGCAGAUGGUACAAAUGUCUCGUGCUCAACAAGAACAUAGUGGUUUUUGGCCAGAAUAUCAUCAACAAUCGCCACUUCAAAAUAAUGAUCGAAUAACACAAAAUUCAAUACAACAACGCACACAACCUUAUACAUACCCGUAUUCAGCUAUGUAUGCGAAUAACACAAUAGAUAUGAAUAGAAAUAUUUCAUCAUCAUAUACAUCUGUCGAUCAGAAUUCAUAUUUGAAUAAUAUUAUGCAACCACCACCACCACCACCCGAUGAACCUUAUCCAUAUUAA